GCGGCGGCGGCGGCAGAGGCGGCGGCGGCUGGAAGGAUUUAUCGGCUGCCUGGCUGGAAGGGAGGGAAGGCAGGCCGGCAGGCAGGCAGAGGGCGACCCCAUCUCUCACGCGCCCCCCGGCACCCACCCUGUUUCAGCCCUCGGGAAGGAAGCCAGUUGAGUAAAACUCUCCAUGAAUGUACGUCACCAUGAUGAUGACCGACCAAAUCCCUCUGGAACUGCCGCCAUUGCUGAGUGGAGAGGUAGCUAUGAUGCCUCAUCUGGUGAAUGGAGAUGGAGCUCAGCAGGUCAUUCUAGUUCAAGUUAAUCCGGGAGAAAGUUUUACAAUCAGGGCUGAGGAUGGAACUCUUCAGUGCAUUCAAGGACCUGCUGAAGUUCCCAUGAUGUCACCCAACGGAUCCAUUCCUCCCAUCCAUGUGCCCCCAGGAUACAUAUCCCAGGUGAUUGAAGACAACACGGGAGUCCGUCGUGUGGUGGUCACACCCCAGUCUCCUGAAUGUUAUCCCCCAAGCUACCCAUCGGCCAUCUCUCCAACUCACCACUUACCUCCGUACCUCGCCCAUCAUCCUCAUUUUAUCCAUAACUCUCACACGGCUUUCUAUCCACCCGUCACAGGACCUGGAGACAUGCCACCCGGCUUUUUCCCACAGCAUCAUCUUCCCCCCACACUAUAUGGAGAGCAAGAAAUCAUACCACUAUAUGGCAUGUCCAGCUACAUUACAAGAGAAGACCAGUACAGCAAGCCCCAGCACAAGAAACUGAAGGAUCGCCAGACUGACCGCCAGAAUCGUCUCAGCAGUCCCCCCUCCUCUCUCUACAAGAGCCACCUGAACAACUGCACAACAGUCUACAAUGGCUACGGCAAAGGCCACAAUGCCGGGAGUGGUGGCGGCGGGGGAGGUGGCGGUGGGGGGCCCGGCCUCAAGAAGGCAGAGAGGCGAGCGCGGAGCAGCCCCAAGUCUAAUGAAUCUGACUCACAAGAAUAUGACUCGGAAGCAAAGAGGGUUCAAGACAUUCUUUCAGGAAUUGAGAAACCACAGGUCUCCAAUGUCCAAGCAAGGACAGUCCUACUCUCAUGGGCCCCUCCCACUGGCCUUUCAAGUGGAGAUAGGCCCCACAACAACCCACCCUACCCCUAUAGCUAUGAAGUGGCCUUAUCAGACAAAGGGAGGGAUGGAAAAUACAAGAUAAUUUACAGUGGAGAAGAUUUAGAAUGUAGCCUGAAAGACCUUAGGCCAGCCACAGAUUAUCAUGUCAGGGUAUAUGCAAUGUACAAUUCGGUAAAGGGAUCAUGCUCUGAACCCGUUAGUUUUACCACUCACAGCUGUGCCCCCGAAAGUCCCUACCCUCCCAAGAUGUCACAUCGGACCAAAAGUUCACUCACUUUACAGUGGAAGGCACCAAUCGACAACGGUUCAAAAGUCACCAGCUACCUUUUAGAAUGGGAUGAGGGGAAAAGGAACAGUGGCUUCAGAGAGUGCUAUUUUGGGAGCCAGAAGCAUUGCAAGUUGACCAAGCUCUGUCCGGCAAUGGGAUAUACAUUCAGGCUGGCCGCUCGCAAUGACAUUGGCACCAGUGGCUACAGCCAGGAGAUAAUAUACUACACCUCUGGAACCAUCCCUCAGACGCCCUCUGCCCCAAGGCUCGUUCGAGCGGGAGUCACGUGGAUCACACUGCUGUGGAACAAGCCAGAAGGCUGCACGGCAGAGGAGGUUAUUACCUACACCUUGGAGAUCCAGGAGGAUGAUCACGAUAGCCUUUUCCACCCAAGAUACACUGGAGAGGACACUACCUGCACUGUGAAGAAUCUCAAGAGAAGCACACAGUAUAAAUUCAGGUUAAUUGCUUCUAACAUGGAAGGAAGGAGCUGUCCAAGUGAAGUUUUGGUUUGUACAACAAGUCCUGACAGACCAGGACCCCCGACUCGACCCUUUAUUAAAGGGCUAAUUACACCUUAUGGCUUUAGCGUAAAAUGGGAUGCUCCUAAGGAUAAUGGUGGUUCCGAAAUCCUUAAGUACUUACUGGAGAUCUCAGAGGGACAUUCAGAAGCGAACCAAUGGGACGUGGCGUAUAGCGGCUCCACUACAGAAUAUACCUUUACUCACUUGAAGCCAGGCACUUUGUAUAAACUCCGGGCAUGCUGCAUCAGCACUGGUGGACACAGUCAGUGUUCUGACAGUCUGCCCGUCCGCACUCUCAGUAUUGCACCAGGUCAGUGUCGACCCCCGAGGGUCCUGGGGAAAGCAAAGCACAAAGAAAUCCAUCUAGAGUGGGAUGUUCCUUCAUCAGAAAGUGGCUGUGAGGUCUCUGAGUACAGCGUAGAGAUGACCGAACCUGAAGAUGUUGCUUCCGAGGUGUAUCACGGGCCUGAUUUAGAGUGUACUGUUGGAAAUCUUCUCCCUGGAACGACCUAUCAUUUCAGGGUGAGAGCCUUGAAUGACGGAGGGUAUGGCCCUUAUUCCGAGGCAUCAGAAAUCACCACCGCAGCAGGGCCCCCUGGGCAAUGCCGAGCACCUUGUAUUUCCUUUACGCCUGAUUCAGGGGUCCUAGUAAGUUGGGAGAGCCCCGAAGUCUCUGGUGCUGAUAUCUCAGAAUAUAGAUUGGAAUGGGGAGAGGAUGAAGAAUACCUAGAACCCGUGUAUCAUGGGACAGAGACCAGUUUUGAAAUAAAGGAAUUGUUGCCUGCUGCACAUUAUUGCUGUAGACUUCAGGCUAGCAAUCAGGCAGGAGCAGGCCCCUACAGUGACCUCGUCUCCUGUCGGACACCAGCAUCAGCUCCGGAUGCUGUCUCCACUCUCUAUGUCCUGGAGGAAGAGACCCUCGGUGCCUACCCAACAUCACCUUCCGUGUGCCUUGUACUGAACUGGGAAGAGCCGUGCAAUAAUGGAUCAGAAAUCAUUGCUUACAACAUUGAUCUGGGAGAGAAUAGCAUUACAGUGACUGAUACCACAAGCUAUGUUAUUAAGGACCUCCUUCCAGAAACCUCCUAUCGGAUCAGAAUUCAGGCUGUCAAUGAGAUUGGGGCUGGACCAUUUAGUCACUCCAUUAAGGCCAAAACGAGGCCAUUACCACCCUCCCCUCCCCGGUUAGAGUGCGCAGCAGCAGGGCCGCAGAGCCUGAAGCUAAAAUGGGGAGACAGCAACUCCAAGGCGCACGUGGCUGAUGACAUGGUGUAUACGCUGCAGCUAGAAGAUAGAAACAAGAGGUUCAUCCCAAUUUACAGAGGACCAAGCCACACCUACAAGGUACAGAGAUUAACAGAAUUCACUUGCUACAGCUUCAGAAUACAAGCAGUGAAUGAUGCAGGUGAAGGGCCCUUCUCAGAGACAUAUACCUUCAGCACAACCAAAUGUGUGCCGCCUACCAUCAAAGCGCCUCGCGUGACGCAGUUAGAGGGAAAUGCGUGUGAAAUUUCAUGGGAGACGGUACCACCAAUGAGAGGGGAUCCCAUUAAUUACAUCCUGCAAGUGCUGGUCGGAAGAGAAUCCGAAUACAAACAGGUGUACAAGGGAGAAGAUGCAACCUUCCAGAUCUCAGGCCUUCAGAACAACACCGAAUACCGAUUCCGCGUGUGCGUGUGUCGUCGUUGCUUAGAUACCUCACAGGAGCUGAGUGGAGCCUUCAGCCCUUCGGCCGCUUUUGUAUUGCAGCGGAAUGAGAUGAUGCUUGCGGGAGAAACGGGGUGCUUUGAUGACCCCAAAAGGAAGAGCCCGAUGCCUACUGAUGGACAGUUUGCAGCCCUCAUCGUUGUGGGCUUCGCGGGCCUGUCCGUUUUGUUUGCCUUUAUAUUACAAUACUUCUUAAUGAAGUAGACCAGUCCAACAGAGUCUGAGGUAUGAAUUUAGGUAAUGCUACGCAUUAUAAUACACAACAUUUAUCCAGAUAGUCCUUUUUUUAAAAAACAAAAAUUUUUUUUAAAAACCUUUUUUGUUCUUUGAUUUAUAUACUUCUCUUGUUUUACAGUUCUAGCUAGGAAUAAAAUAUCAGUGUUUUGGUGCACCUUUUUGAAAUGCAAAACUAGGAAGAGGUUCAACUGGAUCAAUAAGCAAACCAGAUACCAAAAGCAGGCUUUCCUCGCGCUGAGUUUUCUUUUCAUUUUUUUUCUUUCAAUUUGCCUUUACAGUUUUCACCAGUGUCUUUCUCAACCUUCAAUUUUAUAUGUUACCGUUUAGUAGACGAUAAUCACCAGUCACUUCUUUAUGUCUUUUUUUUUUAAUCAUCGUAUUCUUGUAAACAUUAAUCAGUUACAAUGUGUGUAGCGAUAGGGCCGGAGUUCUGUUGUAAGUGAACAGACGAGGUAUUUGAAGUAUCGCCAACAACGUUGCAUGAGACUGAUUCACUACAAGGCAUCUGCCCUAAGCAUCAUUUACUGUUUAUUUUUAUUUUUAUUUUUUUGUCACUCAGUUAUUUAACGAUGAUUAGCUCAUUUAAAUCAGAACGUGUACUACAGGCUAAAAUAUUUUUAUAAUCUGUUAUUCUUAUCAUUUUUUAACACUAUGAACUGCCUCUAUAAAAAAAAUCAAGUAACCAAAAUGCAUAUCAGUGAUGGCGCAUUCUAGAUUUUUCCCAUGUCAAUCCAUAGCAGUAAUUUUAAGAGGGCAUUGUGCAAUAGCUAGCUAGUUAUCUCCUUGGUCAGCUGUCUGAAAGCUGCUUUACCUUGUUUGUCUAGCCUUGUAUAUAACUACUCCUAAUCUAAUCACUAGAUUUUAUUAUAUUCUGUUACAUUGGACAUGAAUUAUAUGACUAGGACUGGUGACAGCUUCCUGCCUCUGCUGAUUGCAGGCAAUUUUACACUAACCAUGAGCAGUCUUUCUCUUUCUUUCUCUCUCUCUCUCUCUCUCUCUCUCUCUCUCUCUCUGUCCCUCUCUCUGUCCCUCUCUGUCCAUCUCCCCUCUUCCUCCCCCUCUCCCUCACUCUUUCCCUCCUUCUCUCUCUCUCUCUUUGUCUCUCUCUAUCUCUGUCUGUCUGUCUGUCUCUCCCCUUGUCAGUUCAUUAUUUUUGGAAGAUCCGCUGGUAGACCAAUGGUUGUCUCGUUCUUUGAGGUAUCGAUGAAGUGAUUGCAUUCCAGUAUCUUUAACCAGUAUACACAAGCCUAUUCUAACAGAGCAGAUGGAAAUUGACAAAAUAAAAUUGACAAGACAAAAUUAAAAGUUGACUAAAUUCAUAGUUUGUCUUACCAUAUUUUGACCUGGCUAUACAUGCAUACAUAAAUACACAGGGAGUGGGAUGGUCUGGUGGUUAAUACGGAGUAUUGGAAGUCAGGAGCUCUAGAUUCUGUCCCUGGUUCUGUCACUAACUUGCUGCGUGACCUUCAGAAGUCACUUUAACCUCUCUGUGCCUCAGUUUCCCCAGCUAUUGAAAACAAGACUGGGGAUUCUAAUACUUGUUUGUAAGUGCUUUGAGAGCCUCGGACAACAGGUGCUAUAGGCUGCGUGCAAAGCAUUAUUCUGACAUGCUGAUUUGAAGUCAUGAGAGAAUCAAUUUUUUUUUUUAACCCAAAGUCAUUGGACUAUUUAUAUGAAGUCAGUAAUGUAAGAGUACCUCAGGGACAUUUCAGAGUUGGAGGUGCAAAUUAUUCCAAAAGGGUGCAACAAACACAGUGUAAUCCCCUGCUUUUUUGUUUUAUUUUUUGUUUGUUUUUUGUAUAUUUUUGCUACUUGGUUUGGCUUGGUCAUAGCUCUGUCGUGCUUGGUCUACAUUGUCUGCAAUGCCGUGUCCUCCUGUACUAGUGUGAGAUUCCCAUCACCAAAGUCAUGGGGAAAACCAACCAUACCUUUGUUUGGGAUUUAUUUAUACUAUAUUCUGCAUUCAGUACUUUAAAUACCAAUUACAGUGCAAUCUUUUAUUUAUUGUAAAAAAAAAUAAUAAAAAGUGUACUUAUGUACUAAUUGUCCCUGGUAGCAUGUUAUAUUUUUUGUCUUGUUUUAUAAUGUUGUAAUUUUAGGUCAGUCCUUUUUUUUUUUCUCCCUGGCAACAUUGGUAGUGUUAUUAAUCUUUUGACAUUUUCUUGUGUUUUUUAAAGAUGAGAGCAUCUAGUAUAUUCAAUGCCAAAAACAAAAAAAUAAAUAACAAUAAUAAAAAAUAAAAAAAACAACCCAUGAUCAGUGAUUGCAAAGUUUACAUGUAUCCAGAAAUCAUAAUCAUCUCUUAGAAGGAAGUGCUGAGAUCCAUGAAUCAUGCUGUGUGCCUAGGUCAGUGUAGGACAUAGGGGAGUUUGAUAUUUUGUCAUGAAUGGUAAGAAUGAGUUGAAGUCGCCUGGCAAAUGAGUAGCACCAACAUCUCUUUUUGCCAAAGCUCCGCCAUUUUGAAAUUUGCCCCCUUGUGAUUUUAAUGGAUUUGCCAUAUAAACAAACCAUUCAGGCCUUGCUGUCAUAUUUGGGGAGUGGGUAUUUUGUGGGAAAAGCAUCAUUUUGAAGCAGUGAAUAUUCAACUUAAGUACAGCUUUCCCCGCCUUGUCCCUUCUGCCCCACUUGCCAUUUUGAAAAAAAAUCUCUAUUGGCUGAGUACUUCAGAACUGCUGCUCCAGCAAAAUCCUCUGUAUUAGUUGUGUGUGUGUGUGUGUCUGUGUGUCUGUGUGUGUGUUUAUUGUGUAUGUUUGUGUGUUUAAUAGAGUAAUAAUAGUUUGUGCCAAAAUGGCUUUGGCUAUUUGACCAUUUUUGAUUUUGAAAAUCUUUUGUUUUGCCACCAAUAAGCUGAAAUAGUUGAAACAAAAGCCUGAAACACUUCAUAUUAUUGCUGCCCAGAGUCAUUGGUAUGGAAAGAUCAGGCUCUGGGUUGGAGAUGGAAGGCCCAGGUCCAAAUAUCAGUUCUACUCUUUACCCUUCCUGUGACCUUGCAUCAACCCUAAACCUCUCAACCUCAAUGACCUAACUAUAAAAUGAGGGGGUUGUCCCUCCCAAAUCUAAAUCCUAUAAAGUCCUACUUGUUAGCACAAUGAGGGUCUAGGAGUGGUUACUCUGCUUAGCAUCACAUACAUGCACACACACGCAUGCACACACACAAACAUACACACAAACACAUUGCUGAGGUCUUCACCUCCCCCUUAGCACCGAGCACAGUGCCUUCUACGCGAUGGGUGCUGAAAACACAUUCACUGACUUGAGCUAAAUAUUACCGUAGGCCUCCAAUGUACACCGGACAGUAAACUAAAGUGUCCCAAGACUUUACAAUGUAUAGAAAUAAAUGACUUCCUGAUGCUCUUAACUUCUCCCCAUAUGUCAAACCCUUCAGCCCCUGCUUUCAGAAGUACCAGUCAUAUGAAGCAAAAAAUUUGAGUCCAAAAUUGUUUAAUUGGGGGGAGGGGGGGAAAUGAGCCUUUUUAAGGGGGAAAAAUUCUUUUUCAUAUUCUCUACCUUGUUUUUAUCGACUUGAAACAUUGAGGGUCUUCUAAUCUUGGUUGGUUGGCUACGGUAACUCAGUAUUCAUGUCAAAAUUGAAAAGUGCCCUAGCUGAAGUGUUUGAAUGUUUUCCUUGCACAAUUCUUUAAAUUGAAAGACAAAAAAUGGUUUACCUCACUGUUGGACAUACAUUCCAAGCUUUUCAACUUUAAGAGAGAAAUAAUCAUAAGUUUUUUCCUGUAUUGUAAAUUUUAGACUAUUUCACAUGCAUUGUAUUAAAACUGCCAUAUCAAUUUUAAUGUAUAGAUUUUUGCAAAUAUUACACUAUAUGUAAUACCUAACUGUAUCUGUAGUGUAUAUGUAAUAU